AUGAAAUUUCAACACGAAUGGAGAAUUCAAGUGCCGUGGGGGCAGCUGGCUUUGAUCAGCCGAGGGCAUCCAGAUGGAGAGCCAGUGUUCCUGGUCCACGGGAGACAGGACAGCUCCUCGAUCUUCACACCCCUCAUCAACAUGAUGACCGAUCAGUAUUACUACGUGGCACUGGAUAUGCCUGGUAAUGGACUCUCUGAUGCCUUUCCGAAGGCGGCCUCAGAGAAGGAGGACCCAGAUCAUCUCCGUUACGCGGUGUAUUUCGACACACCACCUAAACCGAGCGAGCCGUUUGUAGACUUCUGUAGAAAUCGUAUGUUGACGUAUAAAAACAAAAAUCCAAGAUCCGGUCCGAAGCUGAUGAGGUUUCACUUCCUGUACGCUAUGGAGCUGGCCAUCGCACACCUUGGAUGGGAGAAGUUUAUCUUUAUGGGACAUUCCAUGGGAUGUGAACAAGGUCUAUUCUAUAACGCGAUAUACCCGGACCGUAUAACGAAGAUGAUCCUCCUGGACGCCGGGCCGACGCUGAUGAGGAUGCAGAUCGAGGAUCCAGCGGAGUUCCAGAGGAUAUACUACGAUACUUACUACGAUAACUACCAUCAUGAGAAUUUUGAGACAAAGCUAUACACAAGGAACACAGCCACUGAAGCGCUGAAGCGGCUCCGAGAUCUGAACGACCCGCAGUGUGCAUUCCUGCUCCAAAGGAAUUUCCAUGAAAUCGAUGAUCGGAGUUGGCACCAACUCGAAGAAUGGCAUUCAGGAGAAAUGGUAAGACGGAGACAAGAACAGGCUCGUCUCCAAGAUGGAGCCAGCUCCUCAAAUGAUGCACGGAAUCCACUUGAAGGGAGAUCUGAAAGCCAAUCUCCAGUGUUGGAGUUCGAGUCGGAUUCUGAUGAUGGAUCAGCGGUACAGAAGAUGAGGAACCCUGGUCCUCCACUGACUACUUCGCAGCUGGUUGAGCAGUAUAUGAGGCAGUACAAGCUUCGGUUCUCCGGUGAACUAGGUACCCUGAACGGUGAUAAUCCAGAGCGUCUAAGAGUGACGCGCGAUGUACCGAAGUCAACGACCUGCCCGGACGGGACGCCGGCGCUGGACCUCAGUCAAAUCAUUAAACAUAUGCGGGAACACGAUCCUGUUGGGUACUUAUCAUGGGACAAUCGACUAAAAAACCUCGCGCCCCAAAAUUACGGGAACGAUUACUAUUUCGAAUUAUUUAAAACUAUACCGCCAUCUUUGUUUGUGGUCGCUAGCGAUGGCAUGAAAAGCGCGCCAAAGAAUCCAAUAUGGCGGGAGCGCGCCAUGGAGCUAAUAGAUAGAUUAUCAAAAUUAAAUAAUUUCAAUCGCGUCGAUGUCGAAGGGAGCCACGAUGUUCAUUUUACUCACCCUGAAAGAGUGGCUCCUCAUGUAAUUAAGUUUUUAAAAGAUAAAGUUAAUUCAAAGUUAUAA